CGCUGCAUGCAUUAGCUUCUCACCAAACCAGCUCCGAUACAAUCUCAUAAUACAGUGGCCGACUAAGACACACAGCGAGGAGAAGAGGGUUCGACCGGCGUCAAUGGCGACGUUCAAGGGUUUCCUCCUCGUGUUUGCUCUCCUGCUUGCUGCUGCUUUCCUCGUCGCCUCGGCCGAAGAAACUCAGGCCAAGAAGGAGGAGCCCACGGCCGACGUGCAGGACUACUACCGUGGCGGCGGCGGCUACCCGGGCCGUGGUUAUCCCGGGCGCGGUCGCGGAGGAGGGUACUACCCGUACCCUGGCCGCGGAGGAGGCGGGUACCCGGGCCGCGGCGGCGGCGGGUACUGCCGGUGGGGCUGCUGCGGCCGCGGGUACUACGGCGGCUGCCGGUGCUGCUCGCGCGCCGACGAGGUCCCGGAGCCCAUGUACCGCGCUGAGGCGGAGGUGCACCACUGAGCCGAGCAUGCAUCCACCGGAUGCAGCAGCGUGUACGCCUGCACGUGCCUAGUUAAUCUGCUUAUACUGUGUGUUCUUGAGGAACGCAGCUAGCCCUGUGUUCUUGCAAGCUAUGUGUUCAUGUGUGUUUAUGGUGUGCUUGUUCGAAAGACGUACUGGUCAGUGUACGGACGUAUUGUACUACUGUGCCCGUGUUGUGUUCAUCAUGGAAUAAAAUGACAGGCGAAUUUGCUCUUC